UAAAAAAAAAUGAGUGAUUAUGCAUCGUCUUUGGGUUUCAUUUAAUUUUGGGGACACUCCAAACAAUUAAAUCUUGUUACUUCUCAAAUGAGCGGGACCAUCAAUAUAUUAUUGAGCGGAGUAAGUGAUUUACGUCACCUUCUUGAAACUUGCUUAUGCAAUCAUAAUAGAGAUGAUUUACAAGUAAAGAGUUGAAUUAAGUAUCUAGCUUAAUUUUUAUAUUCAUGAGAAAAAUAAGGAAACCGUAUGCAGAUCAUUAUUGUUAUUAUUGAUCAUGCACACAAGGAAUUUUACCUACAGGGAAAGAAGUGAUAUGUUUCUAGAAGUCUUUGGAAACACUUUCUUAAGAGAAUCUACAACCAAUUAUAUUGACAAGGUCAUUCCAUUUUUAGACGAUUUGAUUGCUAAAGAAACUAAGUUUACAUCCGCGCUUAAUUAGAUGGUGGAUCUCAGAGAAUUGAAAUUCAAGGACAGGGAUGAAAUGACAGAAGUGAUUCGAUCGUGGUAUUCAUAUCAAGAAUUCAAAAUCGAAAAGUUGAGAGAUCAAAGAUUAAGACAUCAUUAUGGCAUCAGAUUUGAUCAUCGUCUUAACAUGAUUGAUUGGGAUUAUCAAAUGAACUUAAAAGAUUUUGCACCCAUCGUUCACUUCAUUCAUUAUAGAGAAUGGAGACAAUCUGGAGUUGCCUUUGAAUCACGAUAUGCCAGUUAUCCAACACCUAACAGGACAUUGGCAAGUUAUCUACCAGGAAAACAUAAAUAAACUAAGGACAGCUUAUUGGUUAGAGGUUAUUGGGGAGACAUUGUAGUCUCUCCUUACAUUUCAUUUGGAAUCUAUACAAGUGUUCAACCUGAAAAUGAAUAACUCUUCAAAGUAAGAAAUACCCAAUAAGUAUCUCAUGCUGUAACUGUUUCAGAAUUCAAUAUUUAACAUAUGAUAUAAAAAUUCGAUAAUGGUACUGAUUAUCAUAUACAUGUUGAUGAAUAUUUGGAGAGAUAAGAUAACAAAUAGAAAUAAAAAGAAGAAAAAUAAAAAGAAGAAGGGUUAGAAAAAAUAGAUGAAAAAGAAGAAGAAAAUGAAUAAUAAGAAUAGGAAAAAGAAAAAGAAAGUGAAUAAUAAUAAGAAUAGCAAUAAUAAUAACAAGAAUUAUAACAAGAUAAAUAAGAAGAUACCAAUAUAUCUGAAUUAAAUACUACCAUUACAGAUACAUCUAUUAAAUAAGUUAUUACAAAAGACAAUAUGAUUGUUGAAAUUCAAUAAGAUCCCUUAUUAAGUAUUUAUAUUAUUUAAGUUAAAGCAUUUUAAAAAUUAAAAGUAAAAAUUAUACCAAUCUUUGAAGAAUUUGAUAAAUUGUAUGGGAAAAAGAAAUAUCAAAAUUUCUUUGACGUUGGAGUAUUAGGGUUUAUGGAAUCAAUAACUGUAAAAGACCCAAAGUUGAGAGAAUUGUUUAAGAAAUAAUGUUUAAAAUUAUAUAUAUCUAUAUAGCCACGUUGCUUGUUGAAUCCACUUAAUUCAUAGUUCCCUUUACAAAAGAGGAAAGACUUAAAGGAAAUGAAAAUGUGUAGAAAAUUAGUGUUAGUGAAGGAGGGUGGAUAUUGUAAAAUGGAAAUUUGGAAUAUAUUACUUUAAUUUAAAAAUGAAGAAUUAAUAUAUAUUGUUUUUAGCAUUAUCGAUUGUUCUUGCUCAAACAGAGAAUACGAAAGCUCAAAGUGAAAAUUCAGGAGCACAACAAUAAUAAGAAGAUGAAGGUUGAAUUAGAUAUAAAAAUAGGGCCUAGUAAAAGUUUAGUAUAUGGAGUAAUAGUGAUUUUGUUGGGUGGAUUAGGCUAUUUUAUAUAUAACUUUUAUGUUUGUCAUAAAAAAAAGAUAGAUUAUGGUUUGGAUGGAGAUGAAGAACAACAUUAUGAAAUUGAGAUUCAAAAGAGAAAGGAUAAUUUAUGAUUUUAUUACAU